AUGCUAUAACCUAGACCAUUUUUUUAUAAUAAACAGAUAGGUGUCAUUUGGACUUUUUAGAAUAUUUAUUAUUCACCUAAUCAAAAAUUUUCACUUCAAAAUAUUGAAAAAUCUGAAAACCUUGAACAAAAUGAAAAUAAUCAAUAUUCAAUAAUCAACAAAUUGACUUAUGAAUUUAAUUUAGAAGCAGAAAAGUUGUUUUGGAGAUAUCAGCUAUAAGAUAAAAUUAAAAUUUUUAUUUUUAAUGAACUUAUUGACCUUGAUUUUAAAUAAGCAAUCGAAUAAUUAAGUAAAAAUAAAGUUGUAUCAUACUAUUUUAAAGCAAAAUAGCAUUUCGAAAAGCAAUUUUAUGAACACAUAGAAUUCUUAUUAAUAUCUUUCAAAAAUAUUAUAAUCUAUAAUUUUAAAAAUAAAACAAUUGAGUCUACUUUAUAAAGCAAAGAUUUAAACUUAUUUCUCAACAUUUUUAUUAAAGAAUAAUCAAUCAUAGAUACAUUUAAAACAAUUACUUAAGAGGCAUAAUUUUUAAAUAGAUUAAUUUCAAAAAACAAAAAUCUUCCAAAUUACAAAUAGUAAAAUCUAUAAAAUCCUUAAUUUAAAAUAGAUGAUGGAACUAAAACGAUUAUUUGGACAAUUGAUUAAAUAGGUCUUAAUUAUUAUUUAUGCUUUGAACCUAAUUUCAUAACUUAUUAUGGAUAAUUAAAUGAUAAAUAAUAAAAGCAUGGUCGAGGUAUACUUUUUUAAACCACUUGGGAUGAUAGCAAUCCUAAUUUCAUCAUAUUAUAAGGAAGUUUUAAAAAUGGUAAAAAAAAUGGACUUAUGAUUAAAUUUAAUUCUCGUAGUGAAAAUAUUUUAUAUGGAUAAGAAUAUAUUGAUGAUUAAUUCAUAAAAUAAGUUGAUUUAGAUGAUAAUGGUAAAGUUAAAGUUGUUGAGAUAAAACCUCCAGAAAUUUAAUAAUAAACUACUUAGGAACCACCAAAAAAAAGGAGAAUUAUUAUAAUGGAAGAGGGAGUAAUGGUUAAUAAUAUUGAUAAACCUAUAAAAGAAAAUUAAAUUGUAAAAUCAAAUUUAUUUGUUAAAUUUAAUUAAUAAUAUAAUGAUAAUGAUGAAAAAAUAUUAAAUAGUCGUCGUGGAUAAUGGUUAACAAGUUCAAUAAUAGAUGGAUAUGCAUUAUAUCUACAAAAAUAAUAUUAUUAAGAAGUUUUUUAAAAUGAUAAUCCUAUUUAAUAACUCAAAACAUUUAUUAUAGAUUCCACAUAUUUAACAAAUGCUGAAAUAGAUUAUAAAAUAGUAUAUGCUUUAAGAGCUUUAUGUUAUGAAUUUAAAGGAAUAUCAAUUUUUGAUAUUUUUGAAAACAUAGCUGUUAUUGUUAAUUAGAGAAAUACUCAUUGGUUUUUAGUAGUGGUAAAGAGAGAAAAAUAGAAUGGAAAAGAUAAAUUGAAUUUUCAUGUUUCAGAUUCUAUGUCAGGAAAUAAAUAGAAAUAUAUAUAGGUUUGUGAAAAAAUAUUUAAUUUAUUAACAUAUCAUUUAGAAUUGGAAGUAAUUGCAUUUUAAGGAGAGUAAAAUAUAAUAGUGGAAAAUGUUUUGCAAUAAAAAGAUGGAUAUUCUUGUGGGGAUCAUACUUGUUUUUUUUUAUAAUAAUAUUUCUAGGAAGAUGGUUAAUAAUAACAGAAUAAAGUAUAAGUGUAAGAUAUGAGAAAGAUAUUAUUUAAUCUCAUUUUCAGCAAAUGA